CGGGCGCACGUCUCUCGGCAGCUCCCGCCCCCGGGCAUCCUCUCUCAGCGGACUGCGGUAGCCAGACGCGAAGGUGGCACUCUGGCUCUGCCACACCCCACACAACCCCUCCUCCCUGCCACACACACAGGUUCUCCGCCCUGACUUGACUGGGGGCUCCAGUUUCGAAGGGUAGGCGGGGCCAGCCUUCAGGGACAGCGCAGGGCCUCUCCCGCUCUUACCGGGAGCUAGAGCCGGACUGGCUGCCGGCCUGAGCCUGGCGAGUGCGGGAGGCGGGCGCCUUUAAAGGAAGUCUACGGCCGGGCCCGAGCCCCGCGCGCUUUGUGCUUGUCUCUCUGUUGCGGAGCCUCCACGCUGUGCCCUCCACGAGGGCUUCCCUCACUCCUCCUCCGGCUUGGCUGCCCUUCGCCGUGGCGGCAGCAAGCAGAGGCAGCGGCUGCGGCACCUCAGGCGCUCCGGGGCGAGUCGGCCCCCGAGUAUCGAGACCAAGCGGUAGUGACAGCCAGAGGAAAGGUGCGUGCGCUGCGGGUCCAGGAAGCCCGGGGAAAGGAAGGGAGAGGGAUCCCUGGAAACUGCUGUUUGGGGGAAUUGCGCAUAUUCAGGUUAAUAGGAUCAUGAUUCAGAACUGGGAGGGACCUUAAAGAUCAUUCAUUCCACCUCCUCCAUUUUACAAAUGAAGGAUCUGUGACUCAGGAGAGGAAGGAGAUUUGCCCAGAAGCACACCAGCAGAGACAGAAUUCAAAUUCGGGUCUUCUGAUGCUAAAGUCAGCAUUCUUUCCACCAUAUCUUCUCCUGUGCAUGUGUGUGGUAAAGUGAAGCAUAUUAACUGGAUCUGAAAGAUUCAUCUACAGAAAUGUCAGACAAAGAAGAUUGCUAUGUAAGCUCAUCCAAUGACCUUGUUAAAGAUGAUGACCGGUGCCAUCAUUAUCAUAGAAUUCUUCUGGAGCCUCAGGAGAAAAAGAAUACUGACUUUAAAGAAUAUGUGGUCAAAAAGUUAAAGAAGAAUUGCUGCUGUAGCCCAGCCAAAGCAAAAAACUGGAUUUUGGGGUUCAUGCCAGUCUUACAAUGGCUCCCUAAGUAUGAUCUGAAAAAAUACCUUCUUGGAGAUAUAAUGUCGGGCUUGAUUGUAGGCAUCUUAUUAGUCCCACAGUCCAUUGCAUAUUCCCUUCUGGCAGGCCAAGAGCCAAUUUAUGGUCUGUACACUUCUUUUUUUGCUGGAAUAAUUUAUUUCUUAUUUGGAACAUCCAGACACAUCUCAGUGGGUAUUUUUGGAGUGUUAUGCCUCAUGAUUGGUGAAGUAGUUGACCGGGAGGUACACAAAGCUGGUUAUAGGAUGGAAUAUACAGCUAAACCUGACAUUUUUAAUCACAUAAAUGAAAGUGUCAUCAUUCCACCUGUGAACCAGACCUCAGGACAAAUCUGUGAUAAAAGUUGCUAUGCAAUUACUGUUGGCACAACAGUAACUUUCAUAGCUGGAGUUUAUCAGGUAGCCAUGGGCCUGUUUCAAGUUGGCUUUGUCUCUGUCUACCUAUCUGAUGCUUUGCUGAGCGGAUUUGUCACUGGUACCUCCUUUACUAUUCUUACUUCUCAGGCCAAAUAUCUUCUAGGACUAAACAUCCCUCGAAGUAGUGGUGUGGGCUCUCUUAUCACUACCUGGAUAUAUAUCUUCAAAAACAUUCACAAGACCAAUCUCUGUGACCUCAUUACUAGUCUUUUGUGCCUUCUUGUCCUUGUGCCAACCAAGGAACUCAAUGAACACUUCAAAUCCAAGCUUAAGGCACCAAUUCCUACUGAGUUGGUAGUUGUUGUGGCAGCCACACUGGCAUCUCAUUUUGGCAAACUGAAUGAGAAGUAUGGCUCCAGUAUAGCUGGACACAUUCCUACUGGGUUCCUGCCCCCCAAAGCACCAGACUGGAACUUGAUUCCCAAUGUGGCCGUCGAUGCAAUAGCUAUUUCCAUCAUUGGUUUUGCUAUCACUGUGUCACUGUCAGAGAUGUUUGCCAAGAAGCAUGGCUACAUAGUCAAGGCCAACCAAGAAAUGUAUGCCAUUGGUUUUUGUAAUAUCAUUCCUGCUUUCUUUCACUGCUUCACAACUAGUGCAGCUCUUGCCAAGACCUUAGUCAAAGAGUCAACAGGCUGUCAGACUCAAGUUUCUAGUGUGAUGACAGCAUUGAUUCUUUUAUUAGUCCUCCUUGUAAUAGCACCUUUAUUCUACUCCCUUCAAAAAUGUGUCCUUGGAGUGAUAACCAUUGUAAAUCUUCGGGGAGCUCUUCGAAAAUUUGGUGAUUUGCCCAAGAUGUGGAGGCUUAGCAAAAUGGAUACACUUAUUUGGUUUGUUACUAUGCUUUCCUCUGCACUGAUAAGUACUGAAAUUGGUUUGCUUAUUGGGGUCUGCUUCUCUAUGUUUUGUGUCAUCCUUCGUACUCAGAAGCCAGAAGCUCCUAUACUUGGUCAUGUGGAAGGGUCUGAAAUCUAUGAGUCCACAUGUGCCUACAAGAAUCUUCAGACUGAGCCAGGAAUUAAGAUUUUUCGUUUUGUAGCUCCCCUCUAUUAUAUCAACAAAGAAUGUUUUAAAUCUGCUUUGUACAAGAAGACUAUCAGUCCAGUUUUAGUGAAGGCAGCACAGAAGAAGGCAGCAAAGAGAAAGCUCAAAGAGAAAAUGGUGACUUUCAGUGGCUUUCAGGAUGAAGUUUCCAUGAACCUCUCUUCUGAGCCCCCAGAGCUCCAUACCAUAGUGAUUGACUGCAGUGCCUUGCAAUUUUUAGAUACAGCAGGAAUCCAGACCCUCAAAGAAGUUCGCAAAGAUUAUGCAGACAUUGGUAUCCAGGUUCUCCUCGCACAGUGCAAUCCUUCUGUGAGGAGUUCGCUGUACCGUGGAGAGUACUGCACAAAAGAGGAGGAAACUCUUAUCUUCUGCAGUGUACACCAAGCAUUUUGUUUUGCCCUGGACUUGCAAAAACAGAAAGCAUUGCGUGCUUCCAAUGGUUUAAGUACUUCUACUGACUGAUUACUAGGAGAAAGUGGGGUGGACAGGAGUGGGGAACAAAUCAAAGCAACAGGUUUGUCUCUUCUAUGAACACUAUUUCCUAUUAUCAUAUAAAGUCAGUGAACUAUAAUGGGGGAAGAGGCAUAUAGUUUAUAUCAGUGCUUUCAAUUAGCUAGAAUUAGGAGAAAAUAAUUUCAUCCUUUUGGUGCAAAUAAGGGUAUGCAAAUAUUUGUAUACAACUACUUAUGAAGUAGUUUUAUGGUUUAAAUGCUUAUUUGCAUUUGGACUAUUCCCUUUUAGAAACAAAGGUGCUAUACCAGGGGAAAUUAAAAAAAAAAAAAUACUAAAAAGAACAAUGUUGUACCAUAGAAAACUUAAGCAUCAAGAAAAGUGGAUUCUCUCUAUCCCAGUCCACAACUGCCAACUUAAGUGAGCUCAGACAAAUCAGAACCUCUGUGAGUCUCAAUUUACUCAGUUGUAAAAGCAGGGGGUUGGACUACUUGAUCUGUAAGGUCCCAUCAGCUCUGAAAUUUAUUGACCUUAUGGGUGAUGAACUUAAAAUUUAUACCAGGUCCACCAUCUUUGUGGUAAUUUGGAAGAGAAUGGUGGGAGGGGCUUUGUACAACAGUUGCUUUCAUUUUCAUCUAUAUUUUUGCUUUCUACCAAAGAGCUGAGAGCUGUGGCAUUACCAGGUUCACCCAAAACAAGUUCUUUUUCUUGUGCCUUGUUUUUCUGCCUACCUCCCUAGAACUUGUGGUAAUGGAACCUCUAGCAUUUUGAAAAAGAAGUGUCAGCAAUUCUUUUUUGGGUGGGGAUUCUCAGGAGAUUGAACUUGGUCAGGCUCCUGGGAGCAAAUGCCAGGAGGAAAAUGCCUCUCAAUAAACGAACUUUUCUGAUAGGGCUAACACAUCACAGGAACUUAAAGUUAACACAGGGUACUUUUGGAACUCCACCACAUCCAAAGAGCCUGGAUAAAUAAAUACUCAAUCUAGUAUGUACUGUGAUUUGAUGUUUUCUUUAUUUGUUUAGACUAAGUUGUAUCAGCAA